CAUGUAGUAGAAGGGGGAGAGAGGCAACUGUAGUAGGUUAGGUAGGCUUAGCUGCCAGUCGCGCCGCGUCCCUCGUCGCCUAGCAACCUAACUCUGUGCUGUGUGUGCUAUGGAUUAAUUCAUUAUUGGAAGGACAAUGAGCGAUGUGGGCUGAAGGUAGCGGAUGGAUCGCCACGGGGGUGGGAGCGCCGGUAGUCGCGGUGUUCCUACUGUGGGCCGCCCUCGUCCUGCACUGUGACCGCCGUCGGUGGCGCCCCUUGGACCCGCUGCUGAUGGCCUUGCUGCUACAGUCAGUGCUGCAGCAAGCAGGGGCGUGUCUCAGCACCGUGGUGCUGCUGUUCCGGCCCGACGAGGAGCUCUGGUGUUCCGCCCUGGUAUGGUGGCUGGCGGCAGUGCGCGCCCUACAGGCAGGAACACUCACCACCCUCGCAGCAGCCAGGCUGUUCCGAGUCCGCUAUUCCCAUCUCCUCUACCACCUUGUGUGCCUUGCGAUGAUAAGUGCCUGUAUAGGUGUGGCAGCAGUGUUGGCCCGGGCCUCCCCUUGUGGUGAUACUCCGGACCGCCGUUACGUCGUGUUCUCCCUCGCCCUUCACAUCAUGCUCGUCUUCGGCUCCUGCGUCGGCGUCGUUUGCUGCUGCUGUAGGCCUCGCGUUCCUCCCGAAACCACUUGCUUCGUCGAGAGCUCCAAAACCCGAAGGAGGCAACUGUUGAACUCUUCUUCCGAUCUUUCUUCAGCGAUGUCCGACAUUUCCAUGAUAUCGACUAUGCGGUCGCGCAGCGGGAAAGGAGUUUCGCACAGUGUCAGUGAUUGCAGUGCGCGUAGAAUAAGGCAUUCACUCGUGGAAGAACUUCUUCGGAUAUCCCCCGUGAGUUCCGGACAGAAUCCCCCUGUCACUUUCCUUAACGGCGCUCCCGACCCGGCGCGCCUCUUGCCUAGUAACUCCUUCCUGCAUUCUAAACACCCACGCAGCCCUUGCGGCCACUAUGGUGGUUGUGAGAGUCCACCGGAGCUGCAGAUUCCUUGCGCCGCCAUUCUCGAGGAGACGAAAUUGAUGGGCUGCGAACUGGACGCUGGAAGCUAUGGGAUCUCCACCCUCCGGCAAGUCGAACCUUGUUAUAUCUCUACAUCUACCUCCGCUUCUUCUACCAACAGUCGCUCACCUUGCCUGGCUGCAGAUCGCCAGGAGGAUGUCUCCCUCACCGCCAUCGUCUCCAUCCUGCUGCUGUGUUACUCCAUCAACCAUAUCCCUGUGUUGGGGCUGACGAUGGCAGAGAGUUUCCUACCUCAGGUGAUCCCCGCCCAUUGGCCGGUCACGUCGAUCCCGCUGUGGACCGGUCUGCUGGAAGGUGUCCUGCUGCCCGUUAUCUUAGCCAUGACUGACAAGGCUUUUGUUCGCCGAGUCGCCACCAUCUACUCGCGACGAAGGCCCUCCGACAUGACAAAACCUCCUCAAGGUCUGCAUGGCAAGUUCCGGCCAUUCAACAACUGCCUGUUGGAGACACAGAGACCCAUGGAGACUGUACGCUUUCCCAUCACUAACGGCUCCCUGUUCACUAGCCUGGACGGCAGGAUCCCCAUCAUCCACAAUUAUCGCAGGACUAAAGGAGUCCGCACCACUGGGCCGUUGCCGUCCUACUGUCAGACCCAGCGCUACUGUCCAACGGGGUCCGUUCCCCAGGAGGACUGUGGCACUCAGAUGCGGGCGAACAUCAUCGUAGCAGACAUCAAUUGUGAUCGCAAAACAGAAUCUCCGCUGAGUGCGUUCUCGGAGCCACACAAGCCCAAGGAAUCAGGGCAGUGCUACACACAGCGCAUCAGCACCUCAGAUCUCCGUCAGGACACUCCACCCUUUCCCCAGAAUAUCCAGCAGCUGCGGGAAACCCUCUUCCUUGAGAACCAGGACUCGGAGGACGACUAUGAGGAUUUUGAGGAAACCUGUGAAGAGCCGAUAUAUGCUACCUUGUCUUCCCGCAGUGCCUGCUCGGCUACCACUGCAGCAAAUGAUGACUUUGAGUUCUACCAACAGGAGAAACCCAGAGAGAGCGGUAAACCGGUGGGAUUCAAAAGUGCAAGUUUGCGAAGCACCUCAAUACGCAGACGGAUCUCCAGAAGCUCCUCCAUUGAUAGAAUACUCACACGACAAGAGACUGAUGAGGAGGAGAGCCAGAGCGACGAGGGACGUCAGCAUCGACCUAUGUACCGCCAGCAGCCCCCGCCAUCCCACCGGCCCCGCCUGGUGCGCCCGCUGAGUCGCCGCUUAGGGUUGCCUCCUACCCCUCCUCCACCACGACGUCUAGCCCCUGUGCUGUCCGUGGACUCACUAGUGGCAGCUCUACAUCAGGCCGACGUCUCCUACCUGGACACCGGCGACCUGUGCCACCAUGGCGGAAGCGUCCCAGACCUCAAGAAGAUCUUCUACACUGGCUUCUUGUAAAGGCAAUUUGUACAAUUGUAAAUAAAUAGCCAUAUAUUUGUACAUGACAAAUGUCUUAGGCUAGCGAGAUCUUGAAAUACGUAAAAUAAUACUAGAUAGUUGCAAAACCAAAGAUGUAGAUUGGCAACUACAGUGGAAUUGCGACAGAUUGAACUCUCUCCUCUUUUUUUCUUCUAUCAGAAUUUACAGCAAGUUGUUAUCCAGCAAAGGUGGUAAUAAAUAUGUAAUAAGUAAAACUGACCCAAACUACAUAUUUCCUAGUACUACUAGAUUGUUUAUCAAGCAUAUACAAUGACAGAAUCAAAUUAAACAAUUUAGCAUUUGUCAGAGUUCCAUACAAUUUAUUCUUUGGUUGAAGUUUGUUUUUGACGAUGGAAGAAUUGUGAAGAAAACAGGAUUUUUCCAGACUUUUGCCAUCAUUGUAAUUUGACUCUGCCUAUUGCAUAUCAUGCUUAAUGGCAUUAAAGAAUAUCUAUGUCUAUGUCUGUGUCAUUCAGUGGUACAAUACAAUUAUGUUACUGAUUGUAUUGUAUCACUGAACGAUGCUAAAUGUCCGGAUAACCCUGUUUCCUUCAUACAAUGUAUGUUGAAGAUUCUUUAUAACAAUUUAUUACUUUUUUCUUUUACCAAAAGGCUAUAAAUGUUUUUGUUUCUACUACAGUAUACUUAAUUUAAAAUGUUAAGAAAUACAUAAUGAAUUGUGAUGGUCCAUCCAUAUCCUUGGAAUUACACAUACCUUUGAGAAUGUUUCAGGCACUUUUAGUAAAUGCCAAUUUUUGUCUGUCUGGUUUAGUUCACCCCUAAUUAUUUAAAAAUAUAUAUUUUUCCAAAAAUAUAAAAAAUAAUUUUUACUUUAUUUUAAAAUAUCAUCCAGGAACAGAAGUUAAAAAUAUAAAAGGAACAGGCCAUAUUGAUAGGUAAGAAGGUUAGAUAGGUAGAUUUUAUGAGAAAAUGUCGACAGAUAAGGAAAUUGCUAAUAACUACAAUACAUUUCUAUCAGUCUGUAUCAUAGUCACACAAGGAAUAGGUGAAAAAAAAUAUUACUUGGAACAAUAUCAGCAGUUCUGGUUAGCAACGUUUUCUCUUGCUUAUCCUCUAGAUCCUACUCUUCACUCUACUAAUUAGCAAAGAAGUACUGAGAUAACCACAUUGAUGUUCAAUGGAAUAAUCAUGUGAUUGAGAAAAUUAGUGAUUACACCAAGUUGUUAAAAUAUGAUGGAAGAAGAAUUACAAAUAUUAACCGACUGAAACCUUUCAUAUCUCGUUAUGCAAUACCAUAGAAUGUUCUCAGAAAAAUCUUGUGUUCUUCUACAACUAACUAAACACAGUUGUUUCCUUUGUCUUGUCAGCUUCAAAAAACUACAGGAAACACACCGCUUUUGCCAAAAAACUCACUACUAUCUCACAAGCUGAAUGGCGGCCCUGGAAAUAUACCAGUUAUCCUUUAUCAGGCCAAAACCUUCUUCUAUAUUUCCUUUUGUAACACUACAGCAUGUCUCUGGAGAAUUUUAUGGCCUUUCUACUUUGAUUUAAAUUAAUGCAGUUAUUCAUACUAUUUCCUCAUUGUCUUGCCAGUCUCAAAGAGUUAAUAUAAUCACCAUGAUUUUUCCAAUAACUUUCUAUCUCACUACCCACAACAGAAUUUGAAAUAUACUAAUUACACUAUAACUGAUCAAGGCUUGUAAUUAGGAUAUUAUUAAUUUGGUCAUUUAAUAUGUGCUCAAUUAAACAGAGGCAAUGGCAUUACAACACUUGAUAAUUUCAAUAUUUGUUUUAAUGACUUUAGUACGAAAAUUGCAUGAAAUUUGAGUUGAAACUGUUACUGAUUCUCACACUUAAUUUGUUACAACCAAGGCUUAUUUUUCUUAUGUGCUUUUUCCAAGGCUUCAGCCCCAAUGCUAAUCUGAACACUUGAGUUUUGUGACUUUUUACAGUCACGGCUCACAAACCAGUGAUAGAUUUGGUGAGAUAAAUGAUAGGUAGCCUUACAAAAGAAAAUUAUAAUACAAAGUAAUAGUGUUUUACUUUAAUCUGUGAUUCCAGUAAAAGCCUUACAACUCUAUGUUAUGAUUUGUUCUAUAUUCUACUACUUCUAUAUAAUUACAUUUUGGCUCUCAUUUUGGAUAUAAAGAGCUACAGAGAUAUUAUCUUAGGACACAAGCGCACAUGUACACACAAUACUAGUUAGAUAUUAUUUUGGCUCCUAAAAAUUCAUGUUUAUUCAUCAAAGGAUUAAAUUACAAAAAUCCAGUUUUUUUAGAGUGAACAUUUUAUGUAAUAAAAUACUCAGCUAAUUUAUGAGAUUCAUGUAUAGAGACUAGUACUCGUACAUUUUAUUGUUAUCUAUAAUUCUAGAUACCUCUUAGGUAGAUUUUUCUCAUUAAUAAAUUGUCAACAUGUGUAUAGCUCAUAAAUUAUAUUAGAUUUAAGUAUAGGAUGAGAAAAGUACAAGUUAUAUAUGCGAGUUCUGUUGAUUAAACCAAUUACAUACUGCAAUGUAGAUAUCUAAAUUAUUCGAUUUCACUACAAUGUGCAUAUUUACUUACCUGUACAUAUUUAAUAUUUUUAGGUAUAGGACAUAUUUUUAUCAAAGCACAUUAAAGCUUUUUUUGUCAACAAAAACAUAAUAUGACAUAAUUAAGCAAUACUGUACCGAACCUGAAAUGUUGUAGUUUAAGAAUUACGGUUAAACCACUCACUAUUUUUGUAAACUUGCUCAAGACAAGACAAUGCCUAAUAUGUACUUUAUUUUAUUAUGAUUAUUGUAAAUAAAUUUGUAUAUCUAAACACUUA